UCUCUUCUCUGGUGAAUGUAAAUGAUGGAAACAUUGGUGACGUUCCUCCUCACUGGAUCUCUGAUACAAGGUGUUUUGUGUGGCUUUAAUAUCAGUCUGCCGAAGAGAUUAGAAGCUCUGAAUGGAUCUUGUGUUUUCAUCCCCUGCACAUUUGAUAUUGAUCAACAAUAUGAAAAAGACCUCACUGACAGUGCAAAGAGAAUGUGGUUUAAAGACGGAGGAAGUACCGCUGUGUUUGACUCCAGCAGCCCCAAGACUGGACUGUUAAAAGGAGAAAUAUUUGGCACUGCUACACAGAAAAACUGCACCACACGCUUCGAUAAUGUUGAUCAGAAUCAUAAUGGGUCAUAUUACUUCAGAAUUGAAACCAAUGGUGAAUUGAAACAUAGCUACACAGAACCUACAUACUCUCAAGUUCAAAUUGGCGUCUUAGGAUCUCCACCCAAACCCACACUGAGUGUCUUUAAGGAUCAGCAGAAGGUGAGGAAGGAGGAGGAGGUGGUUGAGGGAAGUUCAGUGAGUCUGCGCUGCUCUACUAAGAUCUUCUGUCCGUCUCGUCCUCCAUCUCUCACAUGGAGCUCUUCUCUCAUCGAGAGCGUCACAGGACAGCAGUAUCAGAGCCAAACUGAGCUCAUCUCUGAUCUGAACUUCACUGUUUCUCACCGUCAUCAUAGAGUCACUAUCACCUGCACUGCAACACACCAGCAACAGAAGCAGAACACAACACAAGAGUCCCGUCUGCUAAGUGUUCAGUAUGCUCCAAAAAACACAUCAUUGUCAGCGUUUCCCUCCGGCUCAUUGAUGAGGGGCAAUCCAGUGACUCUGAGCUGCAGCAGUGAUGCAAACCCAGCAGUGAACUACACCUGGUACAGAGACACUGAGAGACCUCUGAAUCCAGUUCAGACCGGACCAAACCUGACCAUCAACAACACCGACCCGACACACAGCGGACGAUACUACUGUACAGCUGAGAACAAACACGGCACACAGAACUCAUCAGUGCUGCUGGACGUCCAGUAUGCUCCUAAAAACACAUCGGUGAGGAUAAAUCCAGCUGGUUUAGUUCUGGAGGGCCGUUCAGUGACUCUGAGCUGCAGCAGUGAUGCAAACCCAGCAGUGAAGUACACCUGGUACAGAGACACUGAGAGACCUCUGAAUCCAGUUCAGACCGGACCAAACCUGACCAUCAACAACACCGACCCGACACACAGCGGACGAUACUACUGUACAGCUGAGAACAAACACGGCACACAGAACUCAUCAGUGCUGCUGGACGUCCAGUAUGCUCCAAAAAACACAUCAUUGUCAGCGUUUCCCUCCGGCUCAGUGAUGAGGGGCAAUCCAGUGACUCUGAGCUGCAGCAGUGAUGCAAACCCAGCAGUGAACUACACCUGGUACACAGAGACAGGAUCUCAGUUUGAGCUCCUCCAGACUGGAUAUAAUCACAGCUACAUUGUGACAAACGCUACACACGGUGCACGGUAUGGCUGUAAAGCUCAAAACCAGCAUGGCCACUGCAAUGCAACAAUUCAACUGGAUGUUCAGUUUGCUCCCAAUAUCUCCAGCUCUUGCAGCCGAAGCAGUGUAACGAAGUGUGUCUGUGAGGCUCAUGGGAAUCCCUGCCCUACACUAGAGUGGCGUCUGUCCGGACAUGAGCUCUCUAACUCUACAGAAACCUCCAUCAGUGAGGAGACGUUAGGAAGCACAGGAGUGAAGAGUGUCCUGACCAUCCAUCAGUCCCUCACAGACACGGACGUCCUGCAGUGUUUCAGCACAAACAAACACGGCAGCGUCAGAGCCAGCCAACAGUUUCAGGCCGUCCCACCGCCACAAGACACACGUUUCCAUCCUCCGUCGUUGCUUCUCGGAGCUGCUGUCGGAGCCUCACUGAUGAUGAUCACGUGCAUCCUGAUGCUCUGCUAUGAACGGUGGGAACAAAGAAGAAAACAUGAUAACCACAAUAUUGGUGUAAUAUAUGAUGAGAUAAAGCUA